GAGAAGAAACUGAAGCGUGGAGUUUGAGUAAUUGGUUCAAGGUUACCAAGUUGGUAGAGGGACGAGGGCAGAAUCACCAGCACUGGCUGAAGGUACCUUAACAUGCGGAAUCUUCUUAAAGUUUUGACAUGCACAGGCCUUGAGCAGGGGCCAAAUUUUUUCCUUGAUUUUGAAAAUGCCCAGCCUACAGAGUCCGAGAAGGAAAUUUAUAAUCAGGUGAAUGUAGUGUUAAAAGAUGCAGAAGGCAUCUUGGAGGACUUGCAGUCAUAUAGAGGAGCUGGCCAUGAAAUCCGCGAGGCCAUCCAGCAUCCAGCAGAUGAGAAGUUACAAGAGAAGGCAUGGGGUGCUGUUGUCCCACUAGUAGGCAAAUUAAAGAAAUUUUAUGAAUUUUCUCAGAGGUUAGAAGCAGCAUUAAGAGGUCUUCUGGGAGCCUUGACAAGUACCCCAUACUCUCCCACCCAGCACCUAGAGCGAGAGCAGGCUCUCGCUAAGCAGUUUGCAGAAAUCCUUCAUUUCACACUCCGGUUUGAUGAACUCAAGAUGACAAAUCCUGCCAUACAGAAUGAUUUCAGCUAUUACAGAAGAACAUUGAGUCGUAUGCGGAUUAAUAACGUUCCAGCAGAAGGAGAAAAUGAAGUAAAUAAUGAACUGGCAAAUCGAAUGUCUUUGUUUUAUGCCGAGGCAACCCCGAUGCUGAAAACCUUAAGUGAUGCCACAACAAAAUUUGUAUCAGAGAAUAAAAACUUACCCAUAGAAAAUACCACGGACUGUCUGAGCACCAUGGCCAGCGUGUGCAGAGUCAUGCUGGAAACGCCGGAAUACAGAAGCAGGUUCACAAACGAAGAGACAGUGUCGUUCUGCUUGAGGGUAAUGGUGGGCGUCAUCAUACUCUAUGACCAUGUACACCCCGUGGGAGCAUUUGCCAAAACCUCAAAAAUUGAUGUAAGUGGCCUAGUUUUAUGUAAUUCCCAACACUUGCCUAAUUCCCUGCAAUGGGUGUUUCUUCCCGUUAGGUACACAACAAAACAUUUGAACGAUGAGACUACCUCCAAGCAAAUUAAAUCCAUGCUGCAAUGACACUCCAGAGCGAGCGCCUGCAGUGACUCGGAUGCACAGUUUUUAGUGAUUGCAAUUACUCUCUCAUUUACUCUCGCUUUAGUUCUUCCCUCUGUUCCUCUGCCCUCUUUUUAAAUCAUGUCCUUGUUCUUAAGACUUCUUUUCUGUGCCAAAAUCAGUCAAGUUAUACCCUGGAGGGGUUGCCUUUCAGACAGGCCACCUGAGGCAGCUAAUCAUGCAUCGCAUUGGGGUCUCCACUGAGAGAAAUUCUGUGACUUGAACUAAAUAUUUUUAAAUGUGGAUUUUUUUUGAAAACUAAUAUUUAAUAUUGCUUCUCCUGCAUGGCAAAACUGCCUACUCUGCUAUUUAAAAGCCCUCAAUGACUUUAUUUUCUACUGCCGCUUUUUUUCAUGUGCAGCCAAAUGAAAAUGUUUAAAUUAAUUGUGUUGUACAGAUGGUACCCAACACAAACUUUUUUAAAAUUAGUCAGAUUUUUGUUUAAAGUUUUAAGUUUGCAUUUUGACCUUUUUGUAAGGAUGUAUGUUGUGUGUUUAACCUUUAUUAACUAAUGUUAAAACUGUGAUGUGUGCGUAGAGUAUUACGUAUGCAUGUUCAUGUUUAAAGAAUGGCUGUUGAUGAUAAAAUAAAAAUCAGCUUUCAUUUUUCUAAGUGUGGCCUGGUUUCCUGAGGUUUGGUUUUAGGCGUCCAGGGCUCUCCCCUUGUGUUUUUAUGAAAUGCACGUACACAUUACACAAUUUCCCUUCUUUUAGGAGAGAGCUGGGUCUUUUGAAUAGCAUUUUUCUCUAGUAUUGUCUGUGUGGACCCCGUUUUCAUUGCUUUCCUAAGCUUGCCGAGGGCAGUAAGACCAGCGAUGAGGGCCUGCUAGCCUUGCUUACCUCGUGUGGAUGGAGUAACUGCAGGACGUCCACUCUUGCGUGGUCUGGUUUCCCAGGAGCGAAGGGGAGGAGCUGCAGGACGCAGAGUGGGAGGAAGAGCCUUCAUGUUGGAGGGGAGUGAGCGUGAGGGGCUUCCCAGGAGGAGCUGAAGACCCAGAUCCCCUGUGAGGGAGAAAACGAGCGUGUUUGUCGUUCAAGGCCCUAAAACCUUACUUUGUGAAUGUGCAGGUGUGAGAUGCUGCUUAAAGGCUGUCUAGUCCACACAGGCCGGUGCUUUAAUGAGGACAGUGUUGUAGCUCUGACACCAUUAAAAGCAUUAACUGUGGACGCGGCUCCUGGAGGCUCUGUCCAGACCUGGCUCAAUAGGGCAGCUCAGGAGCCGUGGCCCUUCCGAUGGAGCCCGGCAGCCUCAUGGCUCAGCACCUGCUCGCCCAUUCCCAGCCGCCUCUGCGCUCACUGUUGAGACUGUGUCACACCAUGUCCCAUGUCCAUGGCUCGGUUGGGUGGCCCUGAGCCAGUCAUCUUCCUCCUCAUCCACCUGAUCUUUCGAGCACCAGCCUUGGGGAUAGCAUUCUCCAGGUCCUUCUGGACCCUUCUGAGAGUAUUGUCCUGGGUUAAAUCGUGAACCCCCAAAAGGCAUGCUCACCUGCAACUGGAAAAUGUGACCUUAUUGGGAAAAAGGGUUUUUGUAACUGAAACUUAAGUCUGUAUUAAGGUCACCCUGCAUUGGAGUGGCCCUGAAUCUAGCGUCAGCUCUGUAAGAAGAAGGAAGGGAAUGGGCACAGAGCAGGAGGCCACGUGAAGAUGGAGGCGGAGGCUGGUGUAAUGCGGCUACCAGCCAAGGAACCCGUCACAGGCCAGAUUCUCCCUCAGCCUCAGCACCAAGCCUGCGGACACCUUGAUCUCAAACUCUGCCUUCCAGGACUGAGAAUAAAUUCUGUCGCUUUAAGCCACUCGUGGGAAUUUGUUAUGGCAGCCCGGAGCAACUAGGAUAGGUAUCUUAUCCAGCCCCUCCGAUAUGUCACUGCCCUUCAGGGUAAUUUUUUUGAUCUUUAGAAUUCGAGAGUGGCCAUGGGUGAUGUUUCUCCCGCACCCUGAGGAUCUUGUGCCAUCCACAAAUUUUAGGCAGGACAAGUGAACUGAGUGGACAAACGUAAACAAGAAUGACACAGCCGGGACCAAGGAUCACUGUUGUGGCCCUGCCGCCAGCCCAGUGCACGCCUGCGUGUUGGGGAGAACUAACUGCACUGGGGUUCUCAGCUAGUCUGCAGGCCGGCCUGCCCACAUUGCCUGUGUUUGUGAACUAAGAAGCAUUUCUAUGUUUUUAAAAGGUUGGAAAAAAUCAAAAGAACAAUAUUCCAUGGCAUGUGUAAAGUACAGAUUCAAAUUCUAAUGUCCAUAAAUAAAAUCUUAUGGGAACA